GCAUCUUCAGGAGGUAUGGCAGCAGCAGCACCAGCACCGGCUGCGGCAGCAGCAGUGAAGGAGAAGGAGGAGGAGGAGAGAGCUGACGACGGCCAGAGCCCUGUGACCGGCAAUCCUGGGAGGUCGGUGAUGAGGAAACUCUUUCAGGGGAGCGGCCGGACCCUUGGGAUGAGGAACCUUGUUUUCCCCAGCUCAAUUGACAAAUACCUCACUGACUACCAGAGGCACCAUGAGGGAAGCUGCCCCUCACAGAAACAGCUAGAAAACACCUUCUCCAAAGUCAGCAGGGUGAAGUCAUUUUUGUUUUUUCUAAGCAUGGGCAGCUCAGAGCUCCACACAUGGAGGUUUCUGGACCAGCUGGAGAAAAUAAGGAAAUGGGUCGACACGCUGACCGAGAUGGGAAAGACCAUCACAACGGCAAAUUUCUAUCUGCGCAACGUGUUCCAAUUCCUGAAAUAUUUCAAGGAGACGCCGCCACUCCUCUGUCGCCUCUCCCAGGCGCAGAUCACCGGGGUGAUCGGGGUGGUCCGGGCCGCCCUGGCUAAUAUAAAUAAGAAGGUGGUGUUGCACCAGCUCCAUGUUAAGGCUAAAAAAAUGUCGAAGGUCAUCGCCAUGGAGACCCUGACGAGGUGCUGGAAGCUGGCCAAAUCAAAGAUUCCUGAGCUGCUGGCCUUUGUGGCCUGCCUCUACGGUCACCGCCCGGGGGUCCUUACAAACAUGAAGGUGGCGGAGGUGCAGGCUGCUCGAAAAGACAGCAAGGACGGGGAUGAUGGUUUUGUGGUUUGUGUUAGCGAACACAAAACGAACAAGGACUUUGGGGCGGCACAAAUAUUUUUCCACCCCGAAGAGUUUGGCUGGCUGGAGACCUGGCUGGACCUGAGGGAGCGGUGCCACCCCCGAAACAACCUUGUGUUCUUUACAGCCAGUAAAGGGCCUGCAAAAAACAUGGUCAGGUACAUGCAGACGGCGUGGGGGGAGAUGGGCCUCCCCGGAAAGCCCAACUUCAUCGACAUCAGGACGGGUGUGUCGGCACACGCAAAGAACCACCACUCUGAUGAGGUCCAAAAAAGAAUUGCCACCUUCAUGUGUCACAACACUGCCACUGCUGACCGAUUCUACGCUCUCAAUCUGGACGUAAAGCAGGCCAAAGAAAUGCGGCUUCAUUUUGAGGCAAUGUCAGCCACCCCUGCUGCUGAAUGCCCAGCCUCCACCUCCACAGGCCCCACUCACCGCACCUCCUCCAGAAAGAGAGCCAGGAAGGAAUCCACCGACUCCAGUUCAGAGGAAGAAGGUGAGGUCCCGUACCAGGAAUCUGAAGGUUCCAGCCUGGAGCAGGAGCUUGAGGAGAUGCGGCAGAGGAAGGCCGCAGGCUUGGAAUCGGAGAAGGAAGACGACGGAGCCGAAGGCCCACCUACACUGCCCCUUGUUUACUACUUUCUGCAUGCUGGACGAGGGGCUUGUAGGCCCCCCACCCGCGUCAACCCCACGUGUCUCCACUUCCAGAGCUUGACUCCCAGAGGUGACAGCCCAUCCAACCCGGGGAGUCAUCCGUUGCUGAUUCCUUUCUACCGGGCAGAGUACCAGGGCCGCCGAACGGUGUACCAUGUCUCCAGCCCGGUCUACCAGGGCCACCGAACGGUGCACCAGGGCUACGGUUCGGACUACCAGGGGCGCCAGGCAGAGUACCUCAAGCCGAUCGCUGGCCCUCGUGGUGGCGACGUCUCAUUCGAAUGUCUGCCCUAUCAACUUUCGAUGUUUGCCUCCCCGGCCGUGGCCGAUAACACCCCCUUCUGCAGUCCGAUCUCCCCGGGCGAAGUUCUAGCGGCAGUGCAGAAGAUUAAAAGGGGUUCGGCGCCUGGCCCAGAUGGUAUCGGGAGGGGAGCCCUUCUGGCCUGGGACCCCAAAGGGCUUAUGCUGGCCGGCGCCUUUAAUGCCAUUCUUUACACCGGCAAGGUCCCCAAGUGCUUGAAAGGUAGUGUUACUACCUUAAUCCCCAAGUCCCCCGACCGGGACAAGCAAAUGGAUAUAGGCCAGUGGCGGCCUAUCACUAUCAGCUCAACCGUCCUCAGGGCCUUCUCCGGUAUCUUAUGCAAGAGGUUGGCUGAGGCAUGCAACACCCACGUAUGGCAGCGUGGGUUUGUUGAGUCCCCUGGAUGUUCCGAGAACCUAAUGUUGCUGGAAGGCAUGAUUCGGUUGAGCAAGAGAGAGAAGCGGGCACUGGCUGUGGUCUUUGUGGACUUUGCCAAGGCUUUUGACUCUGUCUCCCACCUGCACAUUCAGGCCGUUCUGGCCCAGUUGGGGGUAGACCAACACAUUUGUGAACUGCUCCGGAGUGCGUACCACGGGUCCCAUGCUAGGGUCAAGAUGGCUGAUGGGUCCACUGAUCGUAUCUAUUUGAAGAAGGGGGUCAAGCAAGGUGACCCCCUCUCCCCGUUGCUCUUCAGCCUCUCCAUCGAUCCCUUGUUGUAUGCGUCGGAGGAGCACGGGGAAGGCUUCAAGGUGAGGGGUGAGCGGGUCACCUCCUUUGCAUUUGCCGACGACCUGGUUCUGCUGAGCGACUCCUGGGAUGGCAUGGCGAAAAACCUGGUGAUAUUAGAGGAAUUCUCCAGGCUCACUGGUCUUGGUGUCAACCCGAGUAAAUGUCACAGCUUCCUGAUCAGCCCGAACGGUGCCUCCUAUCGAAUCAACGUCGGGCCCCAAUGGAGGCUGGGUGGGGCCCCCUUGCACUUAAUCGGUAUCGGUGAAUCAGUGGGGUAUUUGGGUGUCUGCCUCACUCCGUGGAAGGGGAUCAUCAAGCCCCCCCUGAAGUCGAUGACUGUUGACCUGUUGACCAGAAUCUCUGCUGCACUCCUGAAGCCAACUCAGAAGUUGGCGGUCCUCAAAAUGUAUGCCCUGCCGAGGCUUACCUAUGCGGCGGAUCACAGAAUGGUGGGCAAAGCGGUUUUGCUUGAGCGUGACAGACUCAUCCGCUCUGCAGUGAAAAAGUGGCUGCACCUCAGUCUUUCCACGGCUGAUGGCUUGCUCUACGCACGAGCCAAAGACGGCGGCCUUGGAGUGGUUAAAGUGGCGGCUCAUAUUCCCUCCGUCCAAUGGCGCCGCUUGACAGGGCUCCAAAGACCAGCUUGUCAGAGAGGUGACCCGGGCGGUGGUCUCCUCCAAAGACAUCUCGAACCUGUCCUCCUCGAUCGGUGCCAAGGCGAUCAGUACGCCUGCCCCGGCUGUUACUGAUGUCACGAAUAUCCCGGAGGGGCCCCCGCCUCCCCUCGCGAUGUGGCAGGACCGUGAAUUUGAGCAAUGGUGUACACUCAGGACCCAAGGUGUUGGAGUGGUAGUCUUCCACAGUGAUACAACUAGCAACAGCUGGCUGUGUGACCCCCCAGUCAGGGGCAUGACUGAAGUUGGUUUCAGGUUGGCGCUCCAACUGCGUACCAAUGUGCUGACCUUGCUACCUGCCCUGCAAAGAGUCCCCGGCCGCCAGCAGGGCCAGUCCCUCUGUUGAGAGAAACAACUAGGCAUGUGGUUGGCCGCUGUCCCCGGCUCCAGAGAUAUAGAUGCUCUAACCACAAUAAGAUCUGCGCAAUCCUCCAGCGAGAAUGUGCUAGCCACGGUUGGGAAGUCUGGAAGGAGAGGCGCAUUCCGGUCGGUCCCGGUAAGGUCCUCGU